CACUGGGCGGGCUGGCUGGGCCCCUCAGCCUUGCCGUCUUUCCCGGCCGUUGAGGCGCUUCCUGUUGUCCACGCUCGUCACCGUCCCACGGCCCCUACCUCAGAGCCGCUCGCGGGUCCCCUCCCCUGGCCUGACCGGCGGCGGCUGCCUCUGCGGCUUCUGUGCGUUCACACGUCGAGACCGUUGGCGGGGCCCGCGUCUGGGCUGCCCGCUGCCCGUAGCCCUGCCUCCCCGGGGCUCUGCCAUGGCCAUGACAGGCUCUGCGCCUUGCUCGUCCAUGAGUAACCACACAAAGGAGAGGGUGACCAUGACCAAAGUGACACUGGAGAAUUUUUAUAGCAACCUUAUCGCUCAGCAUGAAGAACGAGAAAUGAGACAAAAGAAGCUAGAAAAAGUGAUGGAAGAAGAAGGCUUAAAAGAUGAAGAGAAACGACUUAGGCGGUCAGCACAUGCUCGGAAGGAAACAGAGUUUCUUCGUUUGAAGAGAACGCGACUUGGACUGGAAGAUUUUGAGUCCUUAAAAGUAAUAGGCAGAGGAGCGUUUGGUGAGGUGCGGCUUGUUCAGAAGAAGGAUACGGGGCAUGUGUAUGCCAUGAAGAUACUCCGUAAAGCAGACAUGCUUGAGAAAGAGCAGGUCGGCCACAUUCGUGCGGAGCGUGACAUUCUAGUGGAGGCAGACAGUUUGUGGGUUGUGAAAAUGUUCUAUAGUUUUCAGGAUAAGCUAAACCUCUACCUAAUCAUGGAGUUCCUGCCUGGAGGGGACAUGAUGACCUUAUUGAUGAAAAAAGACACUCUGACUGAAGAGGAAACUCAGUUUUAUAUAGCAGAAACAGUAUUAGCCAUAGACUCCAUUCACCAGCUUGGAUUCAUCCACAGAGACAUCAAACCAGACAAUCUUCUCCUGGACAGCAAGGGCCACGUGAAACUUUCCGACUUUGGCCUUUGCACAGGACUGAAAAAAGCACAUAGGACAGAAUUUUAUAGGAAUCUGAACCACAGCCUCCCCAGCGAUUUCACGUUCCAGAACAUGAACUCCAAGAGAAAAGCAGAAACCUGGAAAAGGAACAGACGUCAGCUGGCCUUCUCCACAGUAGGCACUCCUGACUACAUUGCUCCCGAGGUGUUCAUGCAGACCGGGUACAACAAGCUCUGCGACUGGUGGUCGCUGGGGGUGAUCAUGUACGAGAUGCUUAUUGGCUACCCACCUUUCUGCUCCGAGACCCCUCAGGAGACCUAUAAGAAGGUGAUGAACUGGAAAGAAACUCUGAGUUUCCCCCCAGAAGUUCCCAUCUCUGAGAAAGCCAAGGAUCUAAUUUUGAGAUUCUGCUGUGAGUGGGAACAUAGAAUCGGAGCCCCUGGAGUUGAGGAAAUCAAAAGUAACUCUUUUUUUGAAGGUGUUGACUGGGAACAUAUCAGAGAAAGACCUGCUGCAAUAUCGAUUGAAAUCAAAAGCAUUGACGAUACUUCAAACUUCGAUGAGUUUCCAGAAUCUGAUAUUCUGAAGCCAACAGCAACCACGAGCAGCCACCCCGAGACUGACUACAAGAACAAAGACUGGGUCUUCGUCAAUUACACCUACAAGCGCUUUGAAGGCCUGACGGCUCGCGGGGCAAUACCAUCCUACAUGAAAGCUCCCAAAUAGCCGCCUCGGCAUGCCAUCCAGCCCAAGCAGAGGCCUUCGUACGACGUCACCGCUCCCCUUCGACGUGAACACCCCUUUGAAAGAGCUUCCCAGAAGUUGUGUGGACCGCGCUGGUUGUCCAUCAAGUCUGCUGACAGGUGUCUGUAAGUGGACCCUCUUCCUACGAGGCGUCUGGAAACAUCCAGGACAAAUCCGACGGUUCCUGCCCACCUGCCAAACAAGCUCUCCUGCUUCUGGGGGAGCCUCAUGAGCCCACUCGCCACAGGUCCACGGCAGGACAAGAACCGAACUGGCGUGUCUCGGAGUCUGUCCGGUGAAGGGGAAAUGGCCAUCUCCCAGCGUGACUGGGAUGGUGAGGGAUGCGUACACACCAAGUAUAGCCACUUCCUUUGGUUGGUGACAUGUUAUGUGCCAAGCCCACCAAGUAUUUUUAAUAUAUAUAUGAGAUAGCUCAAGUCCCAUCGUACUGUGGAAAUAAAGCAAUAAUGAAAGCCUUCUCGGCCAGCAUUCUGGCUGAAGGAAGGACCCUCUCCCUCCUCAAAAUCCACUGAGGGGGUGGCGUGUGGGAGGGGGAGUUAUGGCCCCAUACCUCGGCCUCAAGACGAGUGGCUCUUUUUAUAGCCUCUAUUCAUGGUGCACUUUAUUUAUGGUACUACGAUAAAGACCCUCAAUCCACUCAUUUAUCUGCCCCCAAAAAUACUACUGCUGUCCCUCUGAAUGUUGAUGGAGGGAGACCAGCUUGAGCCCUGGUUGCUCUCAAAGGCCCAGAAGGCCACUGGGUAUUGCCAAGGCGUCCUGGAGCAGGUGGAGAACUGUAAGGACUUAACGGCUGCAUCAGAAAGCCCCCAGGGGCUGGGCGGUGGGUGGUGACUGGACCAGAAGUCCCUGCUUGUGCUGCCAAGAA